ACGACCCCCGCAACCAUGUCUUGAUGGCGUCCAUUCUACAAGUACAAGUCAAUCAAAUCGACCACUACGUGACGCGACCAGGACCACUAGACAACUCUGAAUCUUUCCAAGUUCCCGUGAUUCGUGUCUAUGGGUCAUCUUCGGCCGGAGUCAACUGCUGUGUGCAUGUACAUCAAGUGUAUCCCUAUUUCUUCGUUGAAUACGACGGCAAAUUACGGAUUCGUCACGUCAACCGUUACAUCCACAAACUUAAACAUUCCCUUAAUCAUUCAAUUGCUCUUUCUUUGAAAAGGGACUUGGACUCUUAUAAACCGGACUUUGUGCGCAGCAUCAUCCUAGUGAAAGGCCGGUGCGUCCACUUUUAUGGAUUUCACUCGGCAUACUCUCCCUUCCUCAAAGUCUACAUCAACGAUCCCGCUUUCUAUAAUCGCGCUGUGACCAUCAUGCGUUCCGGAUCAGUUCUUAGAACACACUUCCGGAUAUUUGAAAGCCAUCUCAGCUUCACCUUGCAGUUUAUGGCCGAUUUCGGGCUUUAUGGAUGCGGGACAUUGGAGCUGAGCCAUGUCCUGCAACGAGAGCAGACCCGGAGCGACGAUGACGAAGACGUGCCUAAUGCCGCAGGCUGUCAUAUUCUCAAUCGACAUCGCAUCGGCGCUCGAAACAUCCAUCACAAACUUGUGAUCACCGCUCCGGGGCCCCCAACCCUUCCAUCGGAGCCACUGGUGCUGAGUGUUCGCGAGCUGUGGGACGACGAGCGAAAACGCCGAAUCGCCCGGGGGCAAGAUCCGUCUCCUGAGAUGCCCAAAGACCCGAGCGAAUCAUCUCGAAGCGCGCGAAGUGAAUGGGUUGCGGAAGCACGCUGGUGGCAGCAAGUGCACCAACGCAUUGAAGCCGAGCGGUCGCUCGUCCCCACACCACAAACGCAGAACGACUGGGAAAAUUGGGUUAUGACUACGUUCGAGAGCAUCGAAGCACUGUGGGAGGACCCCUGGAGAAUAUGGAAGCCUGUGAUACCCGCUGCCCACGAAGCUGAGGCUCUCGAAGGCGACCCUGAGCCUGAGGAAGACAUCGAUAUCGACGAGUCUUUUUCGGCCGAUCACCUGAGCCAGCUCGUCCAGAAAGAAGCUGAAUGGCAGCGAGAGUUAAACCACGAUAGCCCCCCGCCCGAAGAGCAGGACGGAGAGGAGGAUCUGGGCAGCCUUCUGGAAGAAGAGAGUGAUCCAGACUCUGACGACGACAAAGUGAAGGCGGAAUCAAUGCAUCGACCUUGCCGGAGAGGUAUUAUCAUUAUCGAGGCAAGUGUGACUGAUCACCGCUGGAAUGUGUUUUUGAGCCACGCGACAGUCCUCCUGAUUUGGAUCACCUCGCCGCAUUCGAAGAUCCGCCCUCUCCCUCGCGGUGACCCGAGCUCGCAGGACGUUGAAGCUCUGCAACUAACGGGAAACAGUCCAACGCGAUCUCCGUCUUUCGAUGUCACGAGCGAACCGCCACAGAAGAAACGCCGUCUCGAGACCAGCCGGAUGUCUUUCCCGACAGGUCGGAUCGCGGCGCACAAAGCCAUGACGAUCGUCGCGGGAGAAAGCAAAAGGGUCAGCCUGAAUCAGCACAUUUAUUCUCUGCCUGCCCCGUCAGUGCUCGACUUGACGAAUACGCUCGAUACGUUCAACAUAGCCACCAAGCUCUAUCAAAGCCCCUAUUAUUCGAUCGACGCUGACGUGCCAGAUAAGCCUCGCGAAUACGGAGGGUUCAUCUUCCACCUAGCAGGCAGCAGCGAUACAACCGAGUACUUGGACGAAUGGCAGGGGCACCAGCCAGUGGACAACGACUACCGGGAGCCGACGGAUGUGUUUCCAGGGGGGUGGGAGUAUGCGAAGAGCCCGCCCAGUGCUAGACAGGUCAAGAACUGGUUGCUGUCCGAGCGCGGGAAAACAACCGCGAAGAGGCGUGGGAGCGCGCGCUCUCAGAUCGAAGGCCCGACGAUGGCUAACAUCUAUGGAUUGAAGACACUGGCUGUCAAGGGAGAUACUGUUAACUCAGUCCGCGAGAAACAAAGCAUGACCAUCCUCGCUCUAGAGGUGUACGCACCGUCAUUGAAGCAUCCCUCUUCGGAAACAGACGCGAUCGUCGCUGCCUUCUAUGCGUUUCAAGACGGAAAUUCAUCCGUGUCUCGCGGCAUGGUCAUGACUUCGGACCAACAGGAAAAGUUCGCUUCCGAUGUCACUUGCGUAACCGACGAACUGGACCUUCUGAAUCACAUCGUGGACCUUGUGCUGAAGCUGGAUCCGGACAUUCUCACGGGGUGGGAGAUCCAGACGUCCUCAUGGGGCUAUCUGAACGCUCGCGCUGGUGAACAUGGUCUUGAUAUCAUUGAUCUGCUCAAUCGUGCACCCUCCAAACAGGUCGACAACCAGUCCCAGUGGGAUGUGAGGCAUACAUCGACCUUCAAGAUCGUGGGCCGCCAUGUUCUGAAUCUGUGGCGUGUGAUGCGCGUCGAGAUUACGCUCAAUACGUACUCUUUCGAGAACGUGGUGUUCCAUGUGCUUCAUCAGAGAAUUCCCAAAUAUAACUCCGCCACACUGCGGUCCUGGUAUCAGGACUCGGUCUUCGCCCACAAAGCGAAAGUGUUUGCCUACUUCUUGGACAGAACCUUUAUUGUACUGCGUCUGCUGGAUGAGACGGAAGUGAUCACCAAGACCGCGGAAUUUGCCCGUGUGUUCGGGGUUGAUUUCUUCUCUGUGCUCAGUCGAGGAUCUCAAUUCAAAGUCGAAAGCUUCAUGUUCCGCAUAGCGAAACCAGAGAGCUUCGUGCUUCUCUCCCCUAGUAAACAAGACGUCGGACGGCAGAAUGCAGCAGAGGCCAUGCCACUGAUCAUGGAGCCUCAGUCCGCGUUCUACACAAGUCCAACGCUGGUGCUUGAUUUCCAGAGCUUGUAUCCGUCUAUUAUGAUUGCCAACAACUAUUGUUAUUCGACUUUUCUUGGUCGUAUCCAAGAGUUCCAAGGGCGCCAGAAAUUUGGGGUGACCGACCUCGAUCUCCGACCCGGCGUCAUUGAACAGCUCAAGGAGCACAUCAUCGGCGAGUGCAAGAGCGAUGCCCCCACUGGCAUGAUGUUUGUGAAACCGCAAGUGCGACAGGGCUUGCUGGGGCGGAUGCUCGUUGAGCUUCUGGACACGCGAGUGAUGGUCAAACAGGCCAUGAAAGGGAUCAGAAAUGACAAGGCUCUGAAGCGCGUGCUCGAUGCCAGGCAACUGGGCUUGAAAUUUAUCGCCAACGUCACUUAUGGGUACACCAGCGCAUCGUUUUCAGGUCGGAUGCCUGCUGUGGAAAUCGCUGAUUGUAUCGUCCAGAGUGGGAGGGAGACCUUGGAGAGGGCAAUCGACACAAUCAAUCGCACAGAAAAGUGGGGGGCACAGGUUGUCUACGGCGAUACCGACUCCGUCUUCGUGUUGAGUGAUUUUUACAAUUACAAUAUGAAUCUCACAUGUUUGAAGAAACUUGCCAGGGAGAACGAAAGAUCAAGCGUUCCGUAUUGGUCAGGAAAUCGCAGAGACGAUAACCCGCAGGUGAAGGACAACAAUCCCGUCCCCAUCAAACUCAAGUUUGAAAAGGUCUAUCUCCCAUGUGUAUUGCUCGCGAAGAAACGCUAUGUCGGAUUCAAGUACGAGCAUCCAGACGACGUUGAGCCCGUGUUCGACGCAAAGGGCAUCGAAACGGUCCGGCGCGACGGCGUGUUGGCCCAGAGGAAGAUGACCGAAACCUGUCUCAAAAUGCUGUUUCGCACACAAGAUCUCAGCGAGAUCAAGGAUUACUGCUACCGGUCAUGGGCCAAGCUGCUCGAGGGUAAAGCCUCGGUGGAGGACUUCACAUUCGCCAAAGAAGUACGGAUGGGGACGUAUAGCAACAACGGCCCGCCACCUCCAGGCGUCGCUCUUGCCGCUAAACAAGCCGUCAUCGAAAAUAGAGAACCUCAGUACAGCGAACGGGUCCCCUAUGUCAUCUCCACCGGUCCUCCGGAUUCUCGGCUGGUCGACAGAGUGGUCGCACCGCUCGACAUCCUCCGUAAUCGUCAUCUGCACCUCGACGCCGACUAUUACAUCACGCGCGUGCUCAUCCCCCCUCUGGAUCGUAUCCUCAGCCUCACCGGAGCCGACGUCCGCAAAUGGUACAUGGACAUGCCGAGGCCGAAGUCGGUGGACGCACAGUUGCUGUCGCCCAGCAAAGCCAAGGCUGCCCAGAUUGAAGACAACGGAAACAACAUCUACGAGCACUUUUACAAUUCGGUCUGCGUUGCCUGUGAAGCCCCGGCAUAUGAAGGUCCGUGCGGCGCUGCUGUAUCCCAGAUUCAGGACGAAAUAAUCUUUUCAGAGUUAUGCUCGGAAUGUUCGGUCAACCCCCAGAGAGCACUGCCCGGCAUUCUGUUCAAGAUUCGCAAGGGCGAGAAACGAGUUUUAGAAGCACAUCAGGUCUGUGGGUCAUGCUCAAACUCCCCAGCGGGAGAUUCCAUCGAGUGCGAGUCAUUGGAUUGCUCGUGGAUGUACAGACGAACGAAAGCGGUUCACAAGUUGGAUUUCCUAGAGAAUCUGGCCAGGUUACUCGAAGCUGACAUAUAA